AUGGCGCGACUAGCAAGAUACCCGUUUUGGAAACCUGGGAAUCCACAGAACAGGGUAUUUUUUACAGACUUCUAUAUGGCUCUAAUGAGACCGACAAAACCAAUGCCAGAAAACGUUGUACAAUUUAAAUGUCCUGCCGAAAUGUCCAAGUUUGACAUCAAGAACUAUCUUCAGAAUAUUUACAAAGUUCCUGUUAUUAAAGUAAGCACUCAUAUCAGGUUUGCUAAGGUCUGGCGAGACCACCUAAAUAGACGAAUCAAACCAGAACCCGAUUAUAAAGUAGCUUAUGUAACCUUGGGCCAAGGAAUGACUUUUAAAUUUCCUGAACUCUAUCCGGACAAAUUUGAUGAAGAAAAAGACGUACUAGACGAUUUGAAAGAGCAAGAGAAAACGAAAACAUCCAAUCUUACCAACAGAGGUGGAGUACCGGAUUGGUUUGGUAUCUGAUAAUAGCGAGCAAUUGAAGAGAUUUAGUUUCUAUGGUAACCAUGAAGGUUUGCUGAUGAGAAGGAUGACUACGGGAUGCGUCUACUGACAGUAUUGGAUUGCUCAGAUAAUCAAGUUGACAUGACUACAAUCUCCGUUUUUGUUGACCUUUCACACAUACAUUAUAGACGUCAUGUCAUGGUAAUGAAACAACCAAUCAGUAUUUAUUUAUCACAGGGCCAAUAAUUAGGACUAAAAUAUGAAAAAUAAUUUAUGAAUAUUCAGUUCA